AUGAUUACAGACAUAUUGAACCAGGGCUUCUCUGCGAUUCAGCCUCAUCAAUCUAGUUGGGACUCAAUAGUCACAGCCAGCCCUACGGGCUUGGAGAACAGUGGCUAUUCAUAUUAUACGCAAAAUCGACAUCAAGAUAUAAAACCCCUCGAGGAGAUUAAGUCUGCCAUACUUAAUCCCGAGGUGCUUGAACCAUCAUUGUCAUUAGAUCAAACGAGCCAGUGGAACAGCUGGAAUCAUUAUGUUUCAAUUUCGCAGCCUCAGAACCAUGAUUCUGUAGUCCAUUUGGACGAGGAAUCUCGCGAGUUUUUAGCCGCAUGGACAGUCAACUACAAAGAACACUUCCACGAUACGGAAAUCUUUCUGGAAGGGUGGCCUGGGCAGGCUUCCGACACAAUUUGCGGCUGGGGCUCUAGUGAGCAGCAUACUAGGCUAUUGCGGAAGAAACUUGUUGAAGUACUGAACAAAUUUAAUGUGCGAACGCUGAAUGAUGCUGGCUGCGGUGAUCUUGCAUGGAUGCGCAUGAUAGAUCUCGAUGGAAUCGACUAUUUUGGGUAUGAUGUACACGAGCGCGCAAAUUGGGCCGAGUUACGGCAGCGCGGUUUUCGACUGGACGUUCGUGAUAUCGCAACAACCGAAUUACGCCCAGCUGAUCUAACAAUUUGUCGUGAUGUAUUCAUCCAUUUACCAAACAAUAUGAUUCUCCCUGCGCUGGAGCGAUUCCGCCACUCAGCCCCGCUUCUUCUCACCUCAAGCUACACCAGUGACCCGAGUUUGAGCGGAGGAGAAUUCUCCAACUUCAAACGAAUGAAUGAGCCGAGUCGUCGGCAUAAUAAGCUUGACCUGACUUUACCCCCGUUUAGCCUUGGCAAGCCACUUCUUCAGAUCCCCGAGGACUCGCCCAACAAAUAUCUUGGGCUCUGGGAUCUGAGUCGUCCACCAAUUGGCCCGUGA